CUGAUCGGUACCGAGCUAACAAAAAAAAUUGCUGAUGAUUUGGAAUCCUCCGCCGAUCCACCCGAACUAUCCUCAUCCGCUACACCCUGGUGGUCAGUCAUCCAACGCACUGCUCGUGUGGUAGGUAUUAUUCAUGCCCUAAAUCCUCGGGCUUGUAUGGGACGACUUGUACUACCUAUUCGGAAAAAGAGUGAUCAAACUAAUGAUUCAACGGCCAACGAUGUAAAUAACACUCCAACCGCAAACAGUUCAAACUGGUCAUUUGCCAACCUAGUCCAUUCGGAUACUCGUGUCCCCCGAAUCCUCAUCCCGCGAAGCGCGUGCCCUGAGGCAUUUAAACGUCAUCCGGAAUCGUACGCUGUAACCCAAUUCGUGGCACGCAUCACAGACUGGCCAGACACUAGUCUGCUACCUCGUGGAGAGCUUCUACGCAAUCUCUCGACCGAUUCAUCCAAAUUAUUAGAAACUGAGACGGAACGUAUCCUAGUAAACACGGGUUUCACGUUGGGAUUGAACAAUGUAAACUACUUUCCGGAUUCGGUAGUCCAAUCGGUCCAAUCGGCUGUUGUUGCGGCUGAGGCGAAUCUGUCUCGUGAGAUAGCGUUACGACGAGAUCUGCGUUCUCAGUGCACCAUUACAAUCGAUCCAAGCACAGCUCGUGAUCUGGACGAUGCGUUGCAUUGUCGCAUCCUUGGUAAGGAUGAGCGCGAGAAGUUGACCACUCAGGGCUAUCCGGACGCCUUUUAUGAAGUGGGCAUACAUAUUGCUGAUGUAUCCUACUUUGUGCGAUCCGAUUCCGCUGUUGAUCUGGAGGCGGCCCAGCGUUCAACCACCAUUUACCUAGUACAACUCUGUGUUCCAAUGCUACCCCGACUUUUGUGUGAGCAGUUAUGCAGUUUGAAUGUGGGCGAGGAUAAACUGGCCUUCUCGGCUAUUUUCACUGUAUCUCAGGAAGGCGAGUAUAUGAUUGAUCAUCCGGAUGCAUGUGACCCCGAAUGCGCGCCAAGUGUCGAAGCUCCACACACAGUGAAAUCGGUUUCGAAUAUGGUGCUUAUGCUACAUGAGUUGGCUACACAUCGCAGAAAGCGCCGCUUUGCCGGUGGAAGUUUGCGUCUGGAUACCGUCAAAUUACGAUUUACUCUGGAUGACGAUAAUCAGCAUCCGGUCGGAGUUAAUCCUUAUAUACAUAUGCCAAGUAAUUGGCUUGUUGAGGAAUGGAUGCUGGCUGCCAACGAAGCCGUUGCUGUUCAUUUGGCUCAGAACUUACCUCAGACUGCUUUUCUCCGACGUCAUCCGGCGCCCUCACUGAAACAAUUAAACGACGUUGCUACCCUCCUAGAAUCAGUCGGUAUUUCAGUGGAUACAGGAACAGCUGGGUGCAUUCAGGCGUCCAUUUGCCGCAUAGCCGGUCGCCCGUUGGAAACGGGGUUCCGGUACUCUCCGCAAUUGGCUGCUCUCUGUGCGGAAAUGUCGACCGAACCUUUUCUACUCGAAUUGGAAGUCGCCGAUCGAUUGGAGACUAUGAACCUAAAUGAUUCGCAUUCAGACCAAAACAUCCCGAACAAUCCCACUUACGAAGAGCGAAAGGACAAAUUAAAAUUCGAAGCACGCCUUCUACUCCUGGUCUCUCUGCUCACCAAGAGCAUGAAUUUGGCGGAAUACUUCUGUCUUGGCAAACUACCGAAUGGUAUCACGACCAACCAUUAUGCACUGAAUAUGCAGUACUAUACACAUUUUACUUCACCCAUACGCCGCUAUGCGGAUGUCUUGGUGCAUCGACAGUUAGCUGCGGUAUUGGCUCGUACAGCUCUGCAGUCUGGUGAUCAUCAGACCGCCAAAUGGUAUUCAGAAACGGCCAUGAAUGAUGAAGUAAAACCCACAGAUUUACAAAAGCAAGCUGAAGUGUGCAAUUCGAAGAAACUGUCGGCGCGUUUAGCUGGUGAAGACAGUGCGGAAUUAUUCUUCACCUUGUUUGUCAUGGAAACGGGCCCCUUGACUGAAGUGUGCUCUGUGAUCGGUGUUCUGGACCAUUCGUUCACGGUCCUGUUGCUCUCUUCCGGUCUAACUCGCCGCGUUUAUCUGAAUAAGUUAAAUUUGAAAAGCAGCCAGUUUGUUCCUAGUCUGCGCACAGGCGGUCGUGUUUCCGGGUCGGCAAAAUUAUGUCUGCUCUGGAACUGGGAUGAUUCGUCAGCACUGACGAACGAACAAACGAAGGGACCUGAGGAUGUCGUAGACACCGGGGAAACCACAAAGCCACCUUGUGAUUGUUUCUACAUGGAGAUCAAAUUUUGCGAUAUGGUUCGUUGUCGUGUAUAUACGGAAUCUACAAACUCGGGAGAUGCUAACGAUUCCAAAGGCAAUGACAUCUCGAAUUCGAAUGAAACUUUGCCAAAAAUGAUUAAAUUCAUGGCAACUCCCUCUGCACUGGUCAGUUCAGAAGAAGCAGAACGCUUCAUGAAAGAGGGUCUCGCGUUUCAGGGUCAGGUACGUGUGAUCUCCCCUUCUCUGGCUUUCGUGGAGCAUCCGGUGGAUAAAAAGCGCGUCGUUCUUUUUGGUCGCGAUCGAUCUCAGGCGCUCCACGGGGACACUGUGGUGGUCCGAUUGUAUCCAAUGGGUUUGUGGAAGGUUUCUGGCACAUGCCCAUCACGUGACAUGGAUAAAUCCUUGAGUGAAGGAGAAACAACCUCUUCCACCGCCCUCGCUGAGUUUCCCGAUUCCGAUUCUACUGCCUCAGCCGAAGACACAUUAGAUCUGGAUUUCAGUGAAGCCGGUUCAACACGGCCCCCCAGUGCUGAGGAUUUCUAUCGUCUCCCAAGUAAAUUUCGUGAUCUAUUCAUGUAUCGUACUCUGGAUGAGUUGACAUUUGAUCCGAAUUGUUCCUGGCCUUUGGAUUUGCCAUGGAAUCUGAAUCUAUCCUCCCCACCUAUGGUAUGGGCUCCGUUGCCCAGUCAAAGCCUAAUUCGAACGGGUCAGGUGAUUUCGAUUGCCAGAAAAGAUCCCCGCAGUCGUCGACUAAUCGGACAGAUAGCCUUUUUUCGUCCACAUGUCGGUCGAAUUACAAGAAAAACGGUUCCACUUCCAUCUGACGCACCCACGGAUAGUGCGAUCUGUUUAUUCGUCCCCAACUCGACGCACCAUGCCCUCGUCAAGCUUGAUCCGCGCAGUAUUCCAAAAGUGCUUUGUGAACAACUGGGCGAUAUGAACGAACUGGAACCGGCCACACAAAAAAUUCUAAUAGAAUAUGGGAUAGAAGAGAAAGAAUUCCGGCCGGAGCAUAUCCAAGGUCUACCGGAACAUCCUGAUCACUUUAUUAUUCCUCCAGCGGAGUACACGUAUCGAAAAGAUUUUCGUUCGCGGUGUGUUUUCACGAUUGAUCCGCCUAGUGCCAAAGAUAUUGAUGAUGCCCUACAUAUCGAGAGACUAAAAGAUGGUUUAUAUGAGGUUGGUAUUCAUAUUGCCGAUGUGUCCUACUUCGUGAAACCCGGAACCCCCUUGGAUUUAGAGGCUGCCGAACGGACCACUUCGGUUUAUCUUGUACAGCGUAUAACGAACGCCUGGUUUGGACGGAGCAUCAUACGAUCUUGUGCCAAACUUUCGUAUGACCAAGCCCUGUUGCUUCUGAAAGCAAGCGGAGAUGGUGUAUCUGGUAUGGAUUGGAAAACACUCCGUACUUUAGUACCCGAACCCGAGCGCCCGUUCUCCUAUGAUCAGUUGCAACGGUCGUUGGUUUGGCUCAACCGUAUUGCUCAAAAUUUGCGAAAAAAGCGGCUCGAGAAUGGAGCGCUCACUUUACAAAAGGCAAAAAUUGAGUUUGAUCUACCUUUCACACUAUUCAACCAACAUCCAGAACCCGCCGUUGACUGUUCACAGUCUGAGGAAAGUUCGUCUACGUCCACCACGGCGAAUCGGACCAUCUGGCCCCGGGGUUAUUCAAUCGAGACUCCGGGACCAGCCAACCACCUGAUCGAGGAAUGGAUGCUUGCGGCGAAUCAGGCGGUGGCCCGACGCCUGUUUGAUGAAUUCUGGAAGCAACGGUUUACAAAACAAUAUCGUGUUCGUCGAGCCAUUCAAAGUACUUUUUUGAACGAAAAUAAAUGGCCCGGUGUUUUGCUUCGUAGACACGACGCUCCAGCCUCGGCCGAUAUGAAACGAUUGGUCGCUCUGGAACAGCACAACACACGUUUGAAGGAAGAGGGUUACAACGAUGAGGAACGUACUGCUCUCAUGGAUUCACUCUCACAUCUGAUUUAUGUUCGAAUGAAGAUGGCCAAAUAUUUCAGUUUAGACGACCUGGUGUCAUCGAAAUUUCAAUCGCAAACCAGUUCAGACAUCGAUCGUCAGAAAAUCUUGGAUGCCACCUGGCACUUUGGUCUCAGCGUUCCGCUAUACACGCAUUUCACGUCCCCCAUUCGGCGUUAUGCUGACCUGCUCGUACAUAGACAACUCGGUGCAAUCUUGGCCGGGGAUCAUUUGAUUUCGUUAACUUCGAAAUCGGAUCUGAUUCAACAACUACACCGAUUCAACUACAAAGCACCAUGGUCAUCCCGGUUUCGGCCAUUGAACAGGAUCGGUGAGGAGACUGCUUUUGUGCCUUCUCAGUUAGCCACGCAAGCAGAUUGGUGCAAUCAUCGACGCAUGAUGUCCCGGCGGGCUCAGGAGGCUAGUCAACGCUUGUUUCUCACUGCCUGUCUUCGGGACUGUGGUGGACUGGAAUUGUAUGCAACUGUUAUAGACAUUUCCAUCUCAAGUAUCAAACUAUCGCUGCCGGGUAUCGGAAUCAUUAUCAGUGUUCGUCUCAAACAAUUUUUGAAGAACGUCACAAACUGGGAAGUAGUCUCUACUCCAAAUUCCAAUGAACCGAAAAAGAAUGAACGGUCUCCGACUCUACGAAUCGAAUGGACUCCCACGGAUGCAAAGAUAGCUGCCGAUCCACAAGCCGAUUGCUCUCAAUCCCCGGCGUCUUUUGUUCGUGAGGUGUCCGUCCUGUCGGUCGUCCCGUGUCGUGUCUACUGUUUGGAAGAUCGUCUUAGCUUGCAUGCAGAUUUCCUCACAUCCAGUCCGGUCGUGUUGAAUAGCGCUAUUCCCGGCCGUAUUAUUUCGCAUAGUCCGUGCUCCUAG